CGAUUCACAUUCUUAUUUGUUGGGUGUGUGUGAAUUCCCAAUUCAAUUCAAUUCAAUUUUCUCUUAAAAAUCCAAACCCAAAUCUCAUAGAGAGAGAGAGAGAGAGAGAGAGCAAUGGUGAGAGAAGUAUCAGAAAGCUGUGUGGAGAGUUUGAUGGCGGAGAUCGUGUCGUCGUAUUGCCGGGGAAUCUACGCCAACAAGCCCGAACUCGCCGCCCCACGGAUCGAAUCCAUCGGCUUUCAGGUUGGCCACCGAUUGACCGAAAGGUACACAAUGGAUCGGCCAAGGUUCACCGAUCACCUGGAGGCAAUCAAAUUUAUCUGCAAAGACUUCUGGUCCGAACUCUUCAAGAAGCAGAUCGACAACUUAAAGACAAAUCAUCGAGGUACUUUUGUGUUGCAAGAUAAUCGAUUUCGUUGGCUAGCACAUAUGUCAGUCGAUCCGUCAGUGGAAACUUCAGGUUCUAUUCAGGAUCCUUCAGCUAUGGCAGAAAACAAAGCGGCACAAGCUAUCGGCCUGCAUCUUUAUUUUCCUUGUGGAAUUAUAAGGGGAGCACUUUCGAACCUAGGAAUACCAUGUGCCGUUUCGGCAGAUAUAUCCAACCUCCCGGCAUGUUCGUUCGUGAUCCGUAUAAAAGCCUGACCGUUGUAAUGGAAAUUUGAGUUCCGUCAUGCUUAUGUGUGGAAUCUUUUUGUUCGUCUUCAAUGCGGGAUCAAAAUUCGUAGUGGACGAAUGAGACCAAACUUAUGUAGUAUUCGGUUUGUAUCUUUUUAUGGGGUAGAUUUCAAAGAUUUGGUUCGUUUUUCUUAUUUUUAUGGGAGCCGCUAUAUUGUUGUAAAGUAGGUUGUUGCCCUCUCUUUGGUUCUCCCUUAUGCAAAAACAAGUAUUCUAUGGUAAACGACAACGAGAAAUCCAGAUUUCGAACGUGCAUUUUUGGCUGUCUCUUGUAAUAUCAAUGAAAUUCUUCCUUCACAAA